AUGGAGUCUUUGUUUCGAAGCCCAGUAAAAGAAGUCCUGUUCCACUCUUCUUCUAAGGAGUCUCUGAUACGAAGUUCUUCAAAAGACUCACUAAAUCAACUGGACCUGGAUGCCAACAGUCCCACCUUUGAUUCACCUUCUGACACUGAAAGUGAAGCAGAAGAGUCUCUGGGAAAUAUGGACAACCUCAGCAAAGAGCAGUUGCUGCAGCGACUGCGCAGAAUGGAGCGCAGUUUGGGCAACUAUAGGGGAAAGUACUCAGAGCUAGUGUCGGCUUAUCAAGCUAUCCAGCGGGAAAAGAAGAAACUACAGGGCAUUCUGAGUCAAAGUCAGGAUAAAGCACUUCGCAGAAUUGGAGAACUGAGAGAGGAACUCCAGAUGGAUCAGCAAGCCAAGAAACAUCUCCAGGAGGAAUUUGAUGCUUCCUUAGAAGAAAAAGAUCAGCUUAUUAGUGUCCUGCAAACUCAGGUGUCGUUGCUGAAACAGAGGUUACAGAAUGGUCAGAUAGGCACUGAAUUGCCUGAUCAAAAUGCCCAGUCUGAAUCACAAGUUCAGUGUCCAGUGAAAGAAGUCAGUGUGGAAAAUAUUGUGGAACCAGGUAACGAAGAUUUCGUUAAUACACUGGAAACUCUUAAUCAGAGAGUGAAACGCCAAGAGAACUUGUUGCAGCGUUGUAAGGAGAUGAUGCGGUCACAUAAGGAGCGCUGUGCCCAGUUAACCAAUGAGAAAGAGGCACUUCAGGAACAGUUAGAAGAGAGGCUUCAGGAACUGGAAAAAAUGAAGGACCUUCACAUGGCUGAGAAGACUAAACUGAUUACACAGCUGCGUGACGCAAAGAAUUUGAUUGAACAGCUAGAACAGGACAAGGGCAUGGUAAUUGCAGAGACAAAGCGACAAAUGCAUGAAACAUUGGAAAUGAAGGAGGAGGAGAUAGCCCAACUUCGUGCUCGGAUCAAACAAGUAACUACCAAAGGCGAGGAAUUAAAGGAACAGAAAGAAAAAUCUGAAAGAGCUGCUUUUGAAGAGCUUGAGAAGGCUCUAAGUAUUGCCCAAAAGACAGAGGAAGCACGGAAAAAACUACAGACAGAAAUGGAUGAAAAAAUUAAAGCAGUAGAGAAGGCAAGUGAGGAAGAGAGGGUAAAUCUUCAACGGGAAUUAACCAGAGUGAAACAAGAGGUGGUUGAGAUCAUGAAGAAAUCUUCAGAGGAACGAGUUGCUGAACUAGAAAAAAUCCAUAAAAAAGAAAUGGCUACCAAAGAUCAGGAGCUAAAUGAGAGAUUACAGGCCCAAGAAAAGGUGUUCGAGGAGAAGAUGAAGGCAGCUCUUGAAAAAAAUCAGAGUGAGUGCUUAAAAACCCUUCAAGAGCAAGAGCAGCAAGAAUCCCUAGCCUUAGAAGAAUUGGAGCUGCAGAAGAAAGCCAUACAGUCUGAGUGUGAGAAGAAAGUUCAGGAGAAGCAUCAAGAAGUAGAGACCUUGAGAACUAGGAUUCUUGAACUGGAGAGUUCUCUUGCAGAGUAUUCACAAGAUGACAGAAAGCAGUCAGAGGAAUUAAGUACUGUCAUAGAGUCUGAAAAAAGGCAGCACAAUAAAGAAAUCAAUGAUAUAGUAGAAAAACAUAAUAAAGAAUUGGAAAACAUGAAACAGCAGCAAGAGAAGCUUUGGACAGAAAAAUUUGAAAUUUUAAAGCAACAACAAAUAAUUGAAAUAGAAAAAAUAAGAGAGGAACAAGAACAAAAGAUAGAUACCAUUUUGAAAGAGAAAGAAACAGUUUUCUGUGCACACAUAGAAGAGAUGAAUGAAAAAACAUUAGAAAAACUUGAUGUGAAACAAACAGAAUUAGAAGCACUGUCUUCUGAGCUAUCAGAAGCACUAAAAAUACGUCAAGAUUUAGAACAAGAGCUCUCAGAACUGAAUAGUAAAAUGUCUGAAGCAAAGCAAACAUUGGAAGGAAAGUUGGAAGAAGAGAGGAAACGGCACAAUGAAGAGAUCGAAACAAUGUUAAAAGAGCAUGAAAUGUCAAUUCAAGGUGUUGAGAAAGUACUCAAAGAGGAACUGAACAAGCUCAAGCAAUCAUUGGAGGAGAAAGACAGACAUUUGGAAGAAAUAAAAGCACAUGAAGAGAAGCUAAAGAAAUCUGCAGAAAGAUCUGAAGCUGAACUUGUCCAAGUGUCUGCAAAGCUAGAGGAGCUUUCAGAGUCUCAUCAGAGCACUUUUAGUGAGCAGGUAAAGAUUCAUGAAGAGGAAUCUGCAAAGCUGCGGCAAAAGCUGACAGAUCUUGAAGGUGAAAAAUUGCAACUUAGUGAGCAGCUAGGAAGAGCUGGAUCUCAGCUGAAUGAAGUCAAGAAUGAGUUACAGGCAUGCAUCUCUCAAGUGCAUGAUCUGAAGCAGCAUUUGGAAGAGCAAAGUAAUGAAAACACACAGAAAGUAACCUCUCUGACACAACAAUAUGAAUGUCAACUGAAGGAUCUACAAAGAGAGGCUGAUGAGACAAAGAAAAGUCUAACUGAGAAGGAAAAUGAAAUUGAGCAUGUGACAAAGUUACAGAACAAGCAAAUGGAAGACCUUCAACAGAAACUGUUAGCUACAGAGGAGAGAAUUAGUGCUUUACAAGGAGAGUAUGAAAGUAAACUAAAAUGUCAGGAGAAGAAAAUGGAGAAAAUUAAACAGAAAUCAAAAGAUAUGCAGGAAACUUUCAAAAAGAAACUUGCUGAGCAGGAAGCUAAACUAAAAAAAGAGCUUGAAAACAAACAGUUGGAGUUAAGUCAGAAAGAGAGUGAAUUCAAUGCUAAAAUGUUGGAAAUGACACAUGCCAACUCAACUGUAAUCAAUGAUGCUGUGUCAACACUGGAAACUAAUCAGAAGGAGCAACUAGAGAGUCUUGCUGAAGAUCAUAGGAGGGAGUUGGAAGAAACUAUCCAAAGCUGGGAAAAGAAACUCAAUCAGCAGGUUGAAGAGCUCAAGGAAAAACAUGAUUUGGAACUGCAAGAGAAAGAGCAGGAAGUUGGAGACCUGAAACAGAAGCUUGCCACAAUAAGUGCUGAGAAGGAGGAGUCCAGAACAGAAGUAACCCAACUGAAGGAAGAACGGGUGAAAAGGGAAGAGUCCCUGAAGGAAUUGCAAGAACAGCUAAGGCAGUCAGUGGCUGAGGUGAAUGCUUUGUUAGAUAAGGAAAGUGUCUUGAAAACACAGUUGAAAAAAUUGGAAAGUGAUCUUACAGAGUCCCUGAAAGAGCAGUCAGGACUUCAGGAACAGCUCAGUAAACAGAAAGCAAUUGAAGAGAAGGACAAAGCCAAAAUUACUGAGCUGGCUGAUACACUGAAAACUCUUGAAGAGAAAAUCCAAACUGUGCAAUCUUCUCAGUGUAAAGGUCAGGAAAAUUAUGAGAAAAAAAUAGAGGAAAUUCAGCUAAAAGAAACUGAGUUAAAAAGGUUGUCAGGAGAACUUGCAGCCCAGUUAGAUUCUUAUUGGAAGAAUGCUGAGGCUUUAUUGCAAACAAAAAGCAAUGAAAUAAUUGAAAAAUGUAAUGAAAAAAUUGGCAUAAUAACAUACAAAAUUGCAGACUGUGAGCGCCGAACUGCAAAGGUCAAAGAAGCAGUAUUAAUCAGAACAAGUAAGAUACCUGAACUAGAAGCUCAACUUCGAGAAAUAACAGAGCAUCAUUCUGCUGCUACUGCUUCUUUGCAAAAGUCAAUGCAAGAGCUGCAAGAGAAGGACAAUUUAAUUAUGUCCAUGAGAACUGACAUUGCAGGACUUGUAACAGAAAAGGAACAACUGCAAAAAGAGGGAGGGCAUCAGAAGCAAGCAGCAUCAGAGAAAGAAACUUGCAUAACACAGCUGAGGAAAGAGUUAUCUGAAAAUAUCAAUGCUGUCACCUCAAUGAGGGAGGAACUCCAGGAAAAACAAUCUGAGGUCUCUGCUCUCAACAAAACUAUUAAUGACCUCAAUGUUAGACUUGAAAGCACAGUAAGUUUAACAGAGAAGGAAGCAGCCAUGUCUCUGCUAAGCAAGCAACAUCAAGAGGAUCGGUUGCAGUUGUUAAACCAGGUACAAGAGUUAACAUCCAGAGUUGAGACACUGAGUCAUGAAAAAGCAUCAGCUCUAGAUCAGGUAGAUCAUUGCAUGGCUGAGCUGUCUGAGUGGAAGACAAAAGCACAAACCAGUUUUACACAAAGUCAUGACACUAUUAAAGAUUUGCAGAGCAGACUUGAAGCAAGCAAUACUGAAACCAGUAAAAAAGAUGAAGAGCUAAAUAAACUGAAGGAGCAGCUGGCUAAACAAAGCAAGAGUCUUGAUAGCUUAAAAAGAGAAUUGGAACAAAAGCAAAACAGGAGGGAAAAGCAAGAAAGUGAGUUAACCUCAACGUUAAAAAAACAAGCAGCAAGAAUUGCUGAGCUAGAAGAACAUGUUGCUCAGAAAACUUCAGAAAAUGAUUCUUUGACAGAGGAACUUAAAAAGCGUAACGAACAAAGAGACGUAGAGCAAAAGGAGAUAGCUUGGCAACUCCAGCAAGCAGAGAAGUUGGCUUUUGAAAAGGACAGUAGGUUUAAGAAGGCUGAAGAAAAAGUGCUUAAUCUUGAGAAGCAAAUAGCUUCACUGAAAGCUGAUUCUGAAGCGAAGGAGAAAGAAUUUGAUAAAGUUAAGUCAGUGAUACUUAAAAGCAAGGAGGAAGAACUCAAAGAAUUAGAAGAGAGACUGAAUACAGAGAACAGCAAUAAGCUGGCAGAUCUGAAAAAGAAGGCAGAGCAAAAAAUAGGUUCUAUUAGAAAGCAAUUGAUGUCUCAAAUGGAAGAAAAGGAACAGCAAUUUAAGCAAGACAGAGAGGAUCUGUUAAGAGAGUUGGAACAGAAAGAAGAGCAGAGUAGGACCAAAAACCUCAGGAAGGAACUUGAGGAGCAAACUAAAAAAUACUCAUUGUUAGCAGAUGAGCAUGCUCGCUGUGGUGGUGAUUUAGCAAGCAGUAGGGAAGAAUUAAAAGCUAAAGAACAAAAUCAUCUUGAUAUGGAGAAUAUAAUUGGAGAUUUCCAGAAAAAAUUGCAGGAAAAGGAGGCAGUGAGUCAAUCUUUAGAACAGAAGAUACAAGAGUUAGAAAAUAAUCUAGUGAAGACAAGUGAAGUGCAUAAGAUUGAGAUGGAAGAUAUGAGUUUAAGAUAUGAAGAAAAGCUAAAAUGUUUACAGCAGCAGUUGGAUGAAAGGAAUGACAGUCUGAAGGCUUUUGAGGAAAAUGCUGAAGAAAGGGCUAAAUCUGGUUUGGAGCUGCAGAAGUUGCUAGAUCAUAUGCAGAACCAGCAGAAGGACUUAGAGACUAAACUGGAAGAGACUGAGAGAGAGAAACAGAAGCUACGCAAAGAGGUGACUAAUCUUCAAAAAGACUUACGUACUCUGCGAAAAGAACAUCAGCAAGAGCUUGACAUAGUAAAGAAGGAGUCCUUGGAAGAAAUGGAGCAGAAAAUCAGAUGUGAACAAGAAGACAUUGAGUUAAAGCACAACUCCACCUUAAAACAGCUAAUGAGAGAGUUCAAUACUCAGCUGGCUCAAAAAGAAAGAGAAUUGGAAACAGCAGUAAAAGAGACAAUCAGUAAAGCCCAGGAGGUAGAAAAUGAAUUGAUAGAAAAUCAUCACAUAGAGACGACACAGUUGCAUAAAAGAAUUGUGGAAAAAGAUGAUGAUCUCAAAAGAACUGUGAAAAAAUAUGAAGAAAUCCUUGAGUCCCGUGAAGAAGAGAUGACAGCAAAAGUUCAAGAGUUGGAGGCACAGCUAGAAGACUUGCGAAGGGAAAACAAACAAAGGAUGGCAGAAGAGGAACAUUGGAACAGUGAAAAAGUGAGCUGGCACCCUCAGAUAUUUAGAGCACAGCUUGCACAGAAGACAACACUAGUCAGUGACUCAAAACUGAAAGAGCAGGAGUUGAAAGAGCAGAUUCAUGUACUGGAAGACCGGCUAAAAGGUUAUGAGAAGAAUAUGUAUGUCACAUCAGUUGGAACACCAUACAGAGAUGGAAACCUUCACCGUACUGAUGUUUCCCUGUUUGGGGAGCCCACUGAGUUUGAAUACUUGAGGAAAGUGCUCUUUGAAUAUAUGAUGGGUCGUGAGACAAAGACAAUGGCCAAGGUUAUAACAACAGUGCUGAAGUUCCCUGCAGAUCAGACUCAGAAGAUCCUAGAACGAGAAGAUGCUCGACCAAUG